AUUUUCGAUUUAAUACUCGUCUUUCCUUAAUUUACAGUGUUUCUUUUUCGUUCUCUAGAGUGGGGAGUUUUUUUUUUACUCAGAGAACGUAGGAAAGGCGAGAUCGACAGGGGCUUGUUAAAUCCAAGCUCUAACUAGAAACCAACUUUGAUAUACCAAACGACUUCAUCACACGCGACCACCAACUUCAAACCCACACAAAGGACUCUCGAAGAAAUUAAGAAUGGCGCGACGCCGCAAGCCCCCCCGCGCGGGCGCCCUGGCGGAACUGGCACCACUCAAGAUCGCGACGCAGAUCGCGACACUACAAGUCAUCUACUACUUCUCCGCGCUGGUCCUGCUCGUCUUUACUGCGCUCGUCGCAGGUACUGGGUUCAGCUUCACGCUGUUGUUUGGAUGGGAGGGUGUUAGGGGGGAUACCACGCACGGAUGGCUCAUGGCGUUUGUGCUGUUGCUAGAUGGAGGACUAUGCAUAUCCGUCGCCAUGGUCGCACUCGUCGCUCGAUCCAAACUCGUCCCCGACUUUGCCCUCACCGUCCACUUCCUCCACCUCGUCGUCGCAACACUCUACAGCGGCCGUCUUCCCCGCCACGCCAUGUGGUGGUUCACCAUGCUCGCCUCGGCCGCCCUCUCGGUUGGUCUCGGCAUCUGGGGCUGUCGGUACCGAGAGCUGCAACCCGUCUUCUUUGGCGGUCGUAGAAUCUUAGCAGCCACGGGUCCUGAAUCUGCCCCCGCUGCUGGUGCUCCUGCUACCACCGCUGGAGGAGCCACCGUUACGGAGCAGCCGAGGGAUGAGGAGGAGAUGGCUGUACCGGGGAAUGGAGAGUAUGAGAUGGCGCCUAUGCAACCUGUAAGAUGAGUUUGAGAGUUUAGAAAAGGGGGGGAAAGAGAUGGGAUUGGGUCAAAGAGAGAAUGCUGGGUAUCUUGGGAUAGAA